AUGUCUUUACGCUCUGGUGCCAAGGGAUCUUUGGGUAUUGGAACAUCAACCGCUUCGUCGGCUUUCGGUGGGGCCGGACCGAGUGGUAAUAUCCUGAAUGAUCCCAUGUCGUCUGGCAUCACAAAUGGAGAGUACUCCACGUCCCCAUCGAACAUGACAAUGACGGUUGGAAAGUGCAUGUGUUGUAAUAGUAACUUGAAAUUCCCCAACUCUGUAUCAUGUUUUCGAUGUACCGUUUGUCAAACGAUAAAUGACCUGAAGCCUUCCAACCAGCGCACCGAACAAACGAUUCCGCUGACGUUGGACAGAAUUCGAACAUUGAUUAAUACUUGCGAAAACCUCAAUGGUGAACGAGGUACUCCAAAUUACGAUUUGUUGGAACAGGCUGUACAGAAAACAUUCUCCAAUUGGUCAAUAUUGAAUGAAAGUUUCAGCAAUGGACGACCUGUCACGCUAGAAGACUGUGGAGUUUCACUAGAGCAAGUCAGGGAAGCUUAUAGAAUUUUAUUAGAACUGCCUGUGAGUGUCAUAAGGGCAAUGAUGAAAUCAAUUGAAACCAUAUUGAAACGUCCCGGCAGGAUGUUAAAACGCAAAGAAGACAUCAAAUUUCUAAUGAUAAUUCUUGAGAAUCCACUCCUUGCUCAACACAACUACCCUCAAGAAUCACAGUAUCAUCAUAAUAUUGUAAAAAGGGUUUUUGGCCUGUUAUCAAAUUUAAGCAACGAACUUCAUCACUUUCUAGUCAAUUGGUUUACACGGCAUCCAACGGCAAUAUUUCGAAAACGCGUGGAGCUUGUUAACUCUUUUAUAACUUUUAGAUUAGCAAAACAACAACGAAGUGCCAGUCCGGGUUCCGCGCCAGCAUAUGAAACAGAUUGGCGGAUUAGUUCCGCAGCACGUGUAAUGGCGUUGUUAUUUGCGGCAAACAAACAGCAAAGUAAAAUAUCUCUUUCAGAAUUUUACAACACAAUGGUAGAUUAUAUUGCAUUGAUAUCUGAUUUCGACACAUGGGAACAACGUUCUGGAAAAUUUGCCUUUUGUCAAUAUCCGUUUUUAAUAAGUAUGGGUGGUAAAAUGCAGAUAAUGGAAUUUGACGCGAAGAGGCAAAUGGAUGGUAAAGCACAGGAAGCAUUCUUCACGUUAAUUCUCCAGAAACGAAUUACGCUGCCACAUUUGGUGUUAAGAAUCCGAAGAGAUUAUUUGAUUGAAGAUUCAUUGACUCAAAUCGCAGCAAAUGAAAUGGACCUCAAAAAGUCAUUAAGAAUAGAAUUCGUUGGUGAAGAUGGGGUAGAUGCUGGUGGCCUUCGAAAGGAAUGGUUCCUAUUAUUAGUGAGGCAUUUAUUUGAUCCACAAUUUGGUAUGUUUACAUGGGACGAAGAUUCAAAGUUGUGUUGGUUCAAUCCAGCAAGCUUUGAAACCAGCGACCAAUACUACUUGGUAGGAGUAAUCAUAGGACUCGCAAUUUAUAACUCUACUAUAUUGGAUGUACAUUUUCCCUUGGCAUGCUAUAAAAAGUUGUUUGGGAUUCCGGUUACGUUGGAAGAUUUGAAAGUCCUCCGUCCGGCGUUCGCACGGGGAUUGGAACAACUUCUUACGUUUGAGGGUGAUGUGGAAUCAACUUUUUGCCGAGAUUUUGUUGGAGAAUAUGUCGUAUUCGAUGAAGUGAAACGGGUUCCGCUGUUACCCAAUGGACAAAAUAAACCGGUCACAAAUGAAAACAGGGAUGAAUAUGUUAGAAGAUACGUCAAUUUUAUAUUGAAUGAAUCAGUAACAAAACAGUUUGAUCCAUUCAAACGUGGGUUUAAUCAUGUUUGCGGUGGAAACGCAUUAUCGCUUUUCCAACCAGAAGAAAUUGAACUACUGGUUCGAGGCAGUGCAGAACCUCUUGAAAUUGAACAACUUCGUGCAGUUACUAUAUAUGAAGGUUUUCGAGAGGAUGAGAAAUUUAUCCAGAAUUUCUGGUCAAUCUUCAAACUUAUGAAUCCUAUGAUGCAGCGUAAAUUACUUACGUUUGUGACAGGAACAGACAGGAUUCCCGCAACUGGAUGCGCAAAUUUGUCAUUUAAAAUCUCUUGCAUUGGGGACGAUUGUGAAAGAUUCCCAAUCGCACAUACGUGUUUCAACCAAUUAUGCCUGUAUCGCUACAGCUCUAAAAAGAAGUUGGAAGAGAAAUUAAAGAGAUCUAUAAUGGAAAGCGAAGGUUUCGGAUUGAAAUAA